AUGGCCAGACACAUAAACCGCUUUGACCCCCGGCCCGGCAUGCCUACGGACACCCAAGCAUACCUCCGGGAAAUUGACUUCUACACUGACCGCAUGCCAAACGCAUCUCCGGGAGACAAAAUAUUCUUAAUGAGGCUCACGUCCAAUAGAGAAGUGAAUAACUUCAUCGAAAGGCAACCAAGAGCCACAAGAAUGGAUUACAACGAGCUCUGCAAAGCCCUCCUGGCAGAAUACUCAGACUUCGGUGCUUCCGGGACCCUCACGGCAGCCAUGGCAGUCAAACACUCACAACGAGCUUGCAGACUGCUACUACCACAGGUUAAGACAGGCUUACUUCGGCAACCAGAACUACGAAGGGAUGGAAGAAGAUAA